AUGGUCGGUCAACGCGGCGCGGUGCCGGUCCCCGUGGCCAAUGGGUCACAAGACCUCGCCCUCGACAUCCUCCAGCUCCUCUCCACUCAACAAGCCUUCGACACCGAGACGGCACUACCGCAGAACACACAGGCAGAGAUCAAGUCCGCGCUCGACCGACUCGCCAGCAGAUCCAUGGUGACAUACGACACGAACGACAGCGAACAGGUGGUCCUCACAGCAGAAGCCGAGCAGAUUGUCGCAGAAGGCAGCCAUGAGUACAAGGUGUGGCAGGCAGUCAAGCAGGCGGGCAGACUCUCACCAAAAGACCCGGCACUAUCAUCACAAUCCGCGAAGCAAGGCUCAGGAAACGCCAUCAAGGCAGGCUGGAUCAAGAAGGAUGGAGACGCUUUCGUGGCAGUCAAGGACGAAGUGAGAGACUCGACACAAGAGACGCUCGAUUACGCACAGCACCACAAAAGCAUGCCAGACCCGAAGACACUGAAAGACUUCGCCAAGCGGAAACUCGUCAGCACCAAGAAGGUCAUCACAUACCAAGUGCGAAAGGGACCCAAGUGGGCCACCGAGAUACCCGUGGAGGUGACAGAUCUGACUGCAGAGAUGCUCGAAGACGGCAGCUGGGAGACCGCAAACUUCAAGCCGUACAACUUCAACGCACUCGGCGCACAGCAGAACGCAGGCACAUUACAUCCACUCAACAAGGUGCGAGAAGAGUUCAGGAAGAUCUUCUUCGGCUGGGGAUUCACCGAGAUGCCCACAGCACGCUUCGUCGACACCGGCUUCUGGAACUUCGACGCUCUCUUCGUACCACAGCAACACCCCGCCAGAGACGUACAGGACACCUUCUACGUCAAAGAUCCCCUGGAAUCAGGACCACCAGGCCCAGAUCCUGCCGCAGAUGCAGCUCUCGAGGAGAUGGAAGCUGAAGCCGGCGACUUCAGCACUGACGCCACCAAGUCGAAACCACUCGACUACCAACAAUACUACGAUGACAUCAAAGCAGUACACCAGGACGGCAAGUUCGGCUCGAUAGGCUACCGCUAUCCACACGCAGACUGGGAAACUCGCCGACUCGUUUUGCGCACGCACACGACUGCUGUCUCCACUUACAUACUACACCGACUGGCCGCGAAUCCACGACCAGUACGAUACUUCUCCAUCGACCGCGUCUUCCGAAACGAGACCGUCGACGCAACACAUCUUGCCGAGUUCCACCAGAUUGAAGGCGUUAUCGCAGACUACGGCCUCACUCUCGGCGGACUGCAAGACUUCCUCGGCAGCUUCUUCAGAAAGCUCGGCAUCACCAACCUCCGCUUCAAGCCAGCAUACAAUCCCUACACCGAGCCAUCAAUGGAAGUCUUCGGCUUCCACACCGGCCUCAACAAGUGGGUCGAGAUCGGCAACAGCGGCAUGUUCAGACCAGAGAUGCUUCUUCCCAUGGGCCUACCAGCAGAUCUCAGAGUCUAUGGCUUCGGUCUGUCACUCGAGCGGCCGACUAUGAUCAAGUACGGCGUCAGCAAUAUCCGAGAGUUGCUUGGACACAAGGUGGACCUUCACUUCAUUGAGACGAACGCUGCUGUUCGUCUGGACAGAGAUUAG